AUGGUAUUCGCUCCUGAAGAUAUCUUUGCUAUACAACUACGGAUGGUCAGCAACAGCGCUGUUGUGUCCGCAGCCGCCCUUUGGCUAGGCGACUAUAUUGCAACAUUGCCUGAAGAAAUAUAUGUUAUAUGGUUACACAGACCGACGUUCCGCUCUGCUGUCUUCCUCCUAAACCGAUACUCCAUUCUUCUGCAUAUGGUACUUUGUGGUUUCUUCACAUUCUCUGCGAACGGGACAGACCAAACGUGUCAAGGCAUUGGAUAUCCAAUGCAAUUCAUUUUGUUCAAUUGCGAAGCCCUCAUGGCGCUCAGAGUAUAUGCUCUGUACAAUCGCAAUAGAGUGGUUGGGUUGACGUCGAUCGCUUUUAUCGUCUUACGCACGGCCCUUGCAUUAUAUAUCGAUUUCAUCCUGCAAGUCCCUGCUGGCACUAUUGGCACAAACUUGGAGUCACUCUCAAGAUGCCAACUUGUGUCGCCUGAUCCUACUUCACUUGCCAUAUGUGAGUUCUCAGCUUAUUGGACUCGUCAAUUGUAUUCACAGCCAAGUAUGAUCCUACCUGUCUCCUUCUUAGAUCGCCAGUUCAUCAACUCUGCGCUGAGUUUCUUUUAUGACCUUUUUGUGAUCGUUCUGACACUGAGGAAGAGCUACUCGCACGUUUUGGACAUGCGUCGGUUUGGUUUGGGCCAGCAUAGUGUAGCGCAAGUUCUUCUUCGUGACGGCAUCUUCUACUUCGCGUCAGUGUCUGGGUCUUGGAUGUUCGGAACACUUUUUGAAAACGGUUUGUACCUCAGAAUCAUGUUAGUUAUGUCGUGUGUCAUGGCGUUGAUGGGAAUGUUGUCCUUCUUUAUCGGUGGAAAGCUGGAUCCUGAGAGAUCGCCCUUCUUUGAUAUCAUUGCACCUUUCUGGAUUAUGUGGGUUGUCCUUCCACUAAAUAAGCUAGUCUCCGCUGAUCACCAUCUGUGCUAUCGGGCUUCGGGAGCAGCGUACCGAACCUCCUGA